CGUAGACAAUGCCCGUAGACUUCGUUGUUUUACACAGUGCAAAAAACAGAUAUUAUAGAUUCCAGGCGGAACGCCACCAUUUUUCUCGAUUUCAUUCCAUCUGCCUCCGGCGCCCCAAACCCUUCCCCAAAACACCCCAUACAUCAUCAUAAAAACUCCACGUACAUCAUCAUCAUCAAGAAAUGUCGAUGGACAUCCCUCACAAUCCCGUAAAUUCCACCAAACUCCUUGCCUCCAUCGACAUGGGCUCCAACUCAUUCAAGCUCUUCAUAAUCCGCGCCCUCCCCAACGGCCGCUUCCUGACCGUCGAUCGCAUCAAACGCCCUGUCCUUCUAGGCCGCACCCUCAUCCCCACCGUCCAAUCAUCCUCACCACCACCGCCGCCCACCUCAAUCUCCCUCGACUCCCAACUCCAAUCCAUCUCUACUCUCCGAUCCUUCUCCGAAAUUCUUCACCUCCACCACAUCGAUUCCCCCACUAUAGUUGCCACUUGUGCAGUGCGAGAAUCUCAUAACUCCACCGAAUUCCUCUCCAGAAUCAAACAAGAGCUCGGCUUCGAAGCCAAUGUCAUCUCUGGUGAAGAAGAGGCCCGUCUCAUCUACACUGGCGUCCUCCAGUUCUUGCCCGUGUACUAUAGAACGAUCCUGACAGUCGAUAUUGGCGGCGGAUCGACCGAAUUCGUUGUGGGCCGAGAGGGGAAGGUAAUCUUCUCUGCUUCUCUUAAAUUAGGGCAUGUUUCUUUAACAGAGGGAUUCGUGAAGAGUGGCGAGAUCGUAGAUAUGCGGAGAUAUAUACGGUCGGUUAUUAUGGAAUCUGGGGUGGUGGAGAAGGUUGGGGAGAUUGGGUUUGAGAUCGCCGCCGGAUGUUCUGGGACCAUCCGGUCAAUUGAGAAGGCCGUUUCUAAGGGGCUGGGACGUGAUCUGGCGAUUGGUGGUGAACCGGGUGGGAAAUUUUGUAGGGAUUGGAGAUUUAGUAGGGAGGAAUUGGGGACUGUGGUUGAGAGGUUGUUGUGUGGGGGAGAGGCGAGACAGAUGGGGUUUUCAAAGAGACGGGCGGAGUUUAUUGUGGCGGGUGCAGUUUUGUUGUUGGAGAUUUUUGACAUUUUGGAUAUUAAGGAGAUGGAGGUUUCGGAGUAUGCACUGGGAGAAGGGGUUGUUACAGAGGUUCUAGCAAGGGAGUGCGAUGAAUUUGAUGUUAAUGCGAAUGUGAGGUGGCGGUCGGUGUUGAGACUUGCAGGUCGGUUCGGUGGUGAGAAGAGGGUGAAGUCCAGUGGACGGUGCGUUGGCAUUGCGAAGGAGAUUGCUGGAGGUCUAAACCAAUGUUACGGGCUUACCAAUCACCAAAAUCAAUCUAUGGUCUUCUUGGAUGACAAGGAUCUUGAAUAUCUUGAAGCUGCAAUUUUGCUUCAUGAUAUUGGACUUGUUUUGGGUAAAAAGGGCUAUCAUAAACAGUCAUACCACAUCAUCAAGAAUGGCGACCACCUCUACGGGUACAAUACUGAGGAGGUUGAGCUAAUUGCCCUACUUGCGAGAUAUCACAGGAAAAAGUUCCCAAAAUGUGAACAUUCUUCCCUUCAGGGGUUCUCAAAGGAGUUACAGGUGAAACAGAAAUUCAGAGUUCUUUGUGCAAUCAUGUGGAUUUCUCUUGCUCUACAACGGAGCCAGUGCAUGACAUUUCAAGGACUGGAAAUGUCACUUUCUCAAGAAGGUUUCAAACUGGUUCUUAAGGAACCGAAGAGUCGAUCUCCAGACCAAGAUAGCCUGCAUCCAACAUCAGCAGACAUUGAAGCAGAACUGAAGUCAGAGUUGGAGCAUUUUGAAGAGGUAUUCCAGCAGAAACUUUCUAUAGUAGUUCCCUCCAGCAUGUAAAAGAAGCUGCCAGGAGCUGUACAGAUCUUGUAAAGAGACAAGGUGUUUUCUUUUUUUUCUUUCUUCUUCUUCUUUUUUACUUGUUACCAUUAUUCUUGCUUUGGAUGGGCAAGUUGUAGUUCCAAUUAAUCAGGUGCCUUAAGUUCGCAUUUGGAUGCAAUAUAGAACUGAAUUCAUAUGGAGGGGUAUGCCUCCAAAUUGCGAUUACAUGACUUUCAAGCUGGACUUCAAAGAAACUGAACUACCGUGUCCCACUUCCUCUGAAUGCUAGGAUAUGUCAUUUAUUUUUGUCCCUUUUAAAAUGAAUAUUCACAAUUCAAAUUGAUUGUGCAUCCAACUGCAGCUAAGCAUUCUGUCUAGACGGGAGAAGGUACUCCGGCCGUUUCUUCCGGGGUAUUUCUGUCACACUGUAUGUAUUUUUUUUUAAACACCAAAGUUUAUUGUAAAGGCUGUAUAUUAUGAGGGUGAUUUACCCAAAUCACUAAUGAAGAUUGGAUUGAUGCUUCA